UUAUACCACCACCCACAGUUCCCUUUGAAAGCUGCCUUCAUUUCAAGAUCAGCUCCCUGAUGGAAGAAGUACGAACCCAAGCAAAAGCUGCCGUUGGUUUGGACACCUUGUGGAAAGCUUUGACCAAAGAACUCAGAUUUGUGGUUCCAAAAGCUAUCCCAAACUUCGUAAAGGACGUGGAAAUGAUUGAAGGCGAUGGUGGCCUUGGUUCAGUGCUGCUCUUCAACUUUUGCUCUGAUGCAUCUCCGAUGACAUAUCAGAGGGAGAAGAUAGUGGAGCUUGAGGAGUCCCUGCACCAAAUUGCUCUAGAAGUGAUAGAAGGAGGCCAUCUCAAUCAUGGGUUUUCUUCCUACAAAACAACUUUCAUGCUUACUGCAAUUGGAGAGCAGGAGACCCUGGUCGAUAUCAAGGUCUCAUAUCAGUUUGAUCAGAAUGAAGAUGGGAGUAUUAAGAUGCCAUUAAAGACAACAGAUUCUACAUUAUAUUUUAUCAAGUGCUUAGAAACCUAUUUGCUGAAUGCUGAUUCCUAGUUUUUCUCAAUGAUCAUGAUGAACAAGCCCCAACAGUUCUGGCUAUUAAUAAUAAUAAUAAUAAUAUGUAUGCACCAUGAGUUUCUCCA